CAGCAUUUUAGGCAUGCACUUAUAACUAAAAAACCACUAAGUCGAGUACGUAAACGCAUGAUAUAAUGACAGAGCGCACCUGAUAUUCACUUCGCAAAGAAAGCUAGUGCACUUCACUUCGAUUCCAAUUCACGAGUUAACAUCAUGUUUUUUUCAAUCUGAUUCACAUUUUUCGAAAAUAGUCUCAUUUUCACUGCACCCAUUUAAAACAGAGCACAUUGCACCGCAUUUUGCUGAAGAAAACCUGCACCAUUUAAAAUAAUAAGAUGCCAAUAGCUUAUCUCUUCAGAAGCACACUGAUCUGGUGCAUCUGGGUCGGCAUAACUUCUGCAUCUUUUCUACCCACGCGAGAAAUACAAAGAGGGUCUGGAGAAGUGGCUAGAAAUGGCAUCGCUCCUGAACCCAGCUGUGAAGAGCUUAAAGCCAUGUGGCGACUUUCAAAAAGGCAGUCGAGAGCUUCGGAAUUGACAAAUGAGAUUCCCACCUUCCAAGAUCCAUUUGCACAUAACAUUUGGCAACCUUAUUACGCUACCUCGAGGAGUAUUGGAGGGUUAGGGGUCAGACGUAUGGAUAGAUACAGAAAUCAUCCAAUAUAUGGAAAAAUUGUCCACACGCCACACAUGCAAAGCCCUGAUAGAAAUAGAGCAUUUGGCGAAUUGACUCACAAUUUUGGCAGACUUCAACCAGGGGAACCACAUAGGAGGUUGACAGCAUUCAGAUUAUCAGGAGGUGGAAAUCCGAGACAAUUGCCAGAAACGAGUAGUUACCCACAAAGGGCCGGCAGUUUCCAACAUCUUAAGGAAUUGAUCAAAACAGAAAGAGCUAGAGAACUUCAUGAUCAAAGGGUGGCAGAAGAGGAUGCAGCAAGAGCUGAAGCAUUGAAGAGUUUGACUAAUUAUGGAAAUCAGCGAGCUUCUAUGUAUCCCGAUUUAUACGACAUGGAAGAACAACCAGCUCCAGAGCCUGACCAUUACUUGGGUCGUCAGGGGCUUAUACAGUUUCCAGAUUUGUUGGCACCCUCUAGCCGCCAAGAGCCUGUUGAACAGUACAUAGAGGAUUAUGGUUACCCAAGAAUCAAAUCCAAAUCCCCAGAAAAUUUAUUGAGUAGUUCAUUUGCCUAUACUGAUUAUGAUGGAUUCUACAUAUAAAGUGGAAGCCCAUUCAAGAAAAUGUUACUUAAUGUUGUUUGAUUCGAUGUUUUAUCCAUGAUAGGCUUUUCAACACUUCCACAGACAGUUCAGUUGUUUCAACCUCAGUCACAAUAUUCAAAUUGUAAAAUUGUAAAAAUAUCGAGAGAAAACAUCACAGAAGAAAGAUAAACUGUUUGAGAUAGAUUCGACGGUGAGACUUUGAAGAUAUGUACAUUUCGAAACAAUUAUUGUUGAACUAAAUGUAAAAAAAUGUUUAUAAACUAUCAGAAAUCGACUGAUUUUCUAUUAAGGGGUGCUCAUCUCACGGAUGUUGUUUUGAUUUUUCAAAGAACAACUGAACGUAGUUUAUAAUUAUCACUUUGUACGAAAAUUUAUUUUUCGAUUUUUUUUCUGUUAUAUUCAAAAUUUCAGAUUUCAGGUUUAAAGAAAAUCUCCUAUAGUUAUAAUGGAGAAGAGUACAAAUAGUUCGAAUUGACAGUUCUGUUAUUGCAGGGGCUGUGAUGAUUCGUGAUAUUCACACUUUUUUUCAAAAUAACACUAAUGAGGGAGAAUGUAACAGAAUAUGAGGAUGAGUACAAACAAGGAAUAUUUAAUUAUUUUGGAGGAUUUGAAUUAUUUCAAUUUCAAAAAGAUUUCAAUUUAUCGGCUACGUUCAGUAUUUCUCAUGACUAAAUGUCACAUGAUUUAUAGCAUUUCAUUUCCUUCAGUUUUGUUUUUUUUUUCAAAUGAUCGAAUAGACCUUGAAAAAUUUAUUUAGUGGAUGUGUAGAAGAAGAAAGGAUGACUUCAGAUCAUAAUGGCUGGUGUGAUUUUUAUCAUCUCAGAUAUUUGUUUCCAAUAGUUUAAUCUUCUGAAUACAAUCGAAGAUUUAUUUCAAUCCUCUCUUGAAAAAAUAAGAUAUAUUUCUAUGAUAUAAUUACCAACAUAUCUUCCUCUGGAAAAAGUACCUUUAGUUUCUUCUUGGGAUCACAAAUUAAAUAUCAGCAUUAGGAUAGAUGAAUGUUUUAGGGAUAAUGUUAGAUUAGAUGCAAAUUCUAAAUAAAUCUUUACAAAGGAAAAUAUUAUCAGCUUUCAUACAUAUAUAACUUAAUGAAUUAUAAGAAAAGGUGUAAAUUAAAGGCCUGUCAUCAGUGAAUGACGACUAUAAUAGAAUUGGUUUGAUUCUUUGAUUCAGGGAUAUUUAGAGUUAUAAAAAAUAAUUAAGAUUGAUAAGUACUUUCAAAUACUAAGGUUUUUACAUCAACCUAAUCUAGAUAGAUUGUUCGGUACGUCUUCCUGGAAAAAUAUCAGAAACGAAGAAUAUCACUAAAAUAACAUAUCUGAAUGAUAUUGAUAUGAUCAAAACAACAUCCGACAAAAUUAGGCUUAAUUUAGAACACUGAGCUUUAGAGCACCUAGAAUUUUGCAUAAGUGAAAUCAUCUUGUUGACUAAAUGUUUAUACCUCCUAGUAUCAGAAAUUCUAUUAAACCUGAUGAACUCUGAGAUGCCAAAUAGUAAAGUGUUUGCAGUCUUCCUUCAUGAUGGAAUAAUCAAAGAUGUUGAAGAAUGAUCAAAAUUUGAACCCGAAUCAGGUAUUCGUACAGAACAUAUAUCGAGGAAAGUGAAGAAGACAAUAAAUUGAUAACCGCGGUGAUAUUGACUUUUUAAAUUGAGAUUUCAAUAAAAAAAUCUAUUUUUCGAAAUCCUACAUCUUUCUGAGAUCCCAUUUUCACUGCCAUGAGUAGUUUAAAGGUCUUUGAGAACUGUUAAAUCAAAAACCUAUCUUAGAUUCAUCAGAUUCAUUUCGUAAUGAAAAUUCUCUUCAAAUAUACAAAGUUUCAAUUCCGAUAUAUGUAAUUCUUUGAGGGGUGAAUAUUCAGAGGAAUAAGUAAUUCAAAUAUGCUAAAAUAGAUAAACAUAAAGUCAAUAUAAAGAUGUUCGUGAUAAAAGGUUAAAAAAAUCAUUUUCUUUACCAUCCUACUUCAAUUUUAUGAUUUUCUUUCAAACCCGUAAUUAAUUCAGUUUAAAUGACAAGAUAUAAUUGAGAAAUUGUGAUUGACAAUAAAGAAGAAAUUUGAACGGAGUACAGGGGUAGAAACAAUUAGGUAUUUACGUGAAUAAAAUUAUAAUUUCAGUUUUGUCAACCUUGAGAAAAAAUUACAGCAAAUCGAAAUGUUCUAACCAAUACCUGAUUCUGAAUAUGAGAAUUCGUACGAAGUACCAACAAUUGAAGCAACAUAUUGCCAUUUUAAUGCUUGAAAUUAGUCGACAUCAAAAAAGAUCAAAAUAUAUAUGAUCUGGUAUCUAACUCAAAAAAACAAGUAUGAUUUCAACCACAGGGAAAUACCGCAAGUCAAAAUUUAGUAUUGUGUUAAAAAUAUACCAAAAAAAUUCCUUCAAUUCUUCUAUAUCUGCAAUUCUCUCUCAGAAUAUCAUAUCGAUCGGGCAAAUUUUUCGGAAAGUUUUGUUCGAAAAUGGCAGCAUUUGGGUUAGUUGUUGACUAUUUUUUGAAAAUGAACGAUUGCCAAUUUUGAAAACCUUCAACUCUUUAGAAGUAUUCCGAUGUCUUCCUAUCGGAGAUACGUAGGGCCAAUACUUGGACGAUAUGAACACAUCUUUGUAAAAUAAAAAGUUGAAUAGUUCUUUAAGGAGUGUAGUUUAAAAAGUUGUUAAUUUAAAAUCUGAAAUUUGCAGUCGAUUUGAUUGGCUUUGUGAGUAAGUGGAAUUUUCCACCGUAUAGACAUUCUGUGAUGAAUGAAAUACUGACAAUACUUAGCCAAUGCCUAUUUAUGGGGUCUAAUGUAAACCAUUCAUUUAACACUUAGUAUUCAUUUCAUAUGUUAUAUUUGUAUCCUCCUAUAAUUACCGAAGAUAAAAUGAAAUAUAUAUUAGCAAGCAA